GUUCACUUUCAAACAUCCUCAACUACAUCUCGUCCAUUAUUGACAAUCCAGAAGGGGGUUUGGGAGAGCCUCAGCGGACGACUCCUUGGACCCAUCCUUAUCACAACCGGGACCUGACGAUCUCUGGACUUUGAAGAAGGGGUCGUAUCACCGGACAGUCAAAAGCUCACCUGGGCAACGGCUCUCUCGACCUUUGACGUUUUGUUUCAUCGGACUCUGGGGAGAGAUGAAGCUCGCACGAAGCUCAGCUGGUCAUCACGCUAUAUAGACCGCUCUACCAAUCCUUUGCUCGCCUGACAAUCCUUCUGCACACGCCAAACUUCAGUGCGGAUCCGGAGCGGAAACAUCCUCAGUCCCAGUUGGCUGUCGUCACUAGGCCCUACCAAGGUAUCGGCAUCGAGGACGAGCGAAGCACCCAUACAGGAUUCGCCUGCUUGCUAUGCAGGCAUACAGCUCUAUCGAAGGCCUCAUCCAGAAACGUCAUGAUGAAUGGAGUGCUCGAGCGGAGUCGUCCUCAACAACGUCAAUGUCCACGAACAGCAUCAAAAGAGAUUCACUGACGUGGAAGCAGAAGGGCAACACGCCUGCGUUGAGCCACUUGCUGAGUGUGCAAGGCGGACGAGUCUUGUCACUUGCGGCCGAUGAAAACUGCGUGUAUGCGGGGUGCCAGAGUCUGGAGAAUGAAAUUGUGGUCUUCUCUCGAAACACUCUCCGACCAAUGUUCAAACUUCUGGGCCAUCAAGGAUCCGUGCUGGCUCUUAUGAUCGUCGAAGACAGGGGAUGGUUGGUCAGUUCCAGCUCAGCAGGGGAUGUCAGGAUAUGGUCCACCAAGACAUUCGAGCCCGUCUACAUCAUUCACCCAUGCGAUGACACGUCUGGCGAUAUUUACAGUCUGGCAUGGGAUGACAGAGCAGGAGGAACGCUUUAUUUCGGGUCUCAGAGCGCAUCCAUUGAAUGGAUCAAUUUUGCCGAUCCAGGAUCACUCCAUCAAGAUCCCACUCGCACACGUAAAGCUUCGCUACAAACGGCCGCAAGUCAUACUGUCGCAGUGUCAAGUAGCGAAGCAACAUCAUCCUCGUCAAAGCCGACUCCACCCAGCCUACCUCGCCAACGCACGGGGAGAUAUCGACCGCACAAGUUCUUCGAUAACCCUCCAAUAUCAGGCUCAACUACGCCCACGAGUCCUGUGCCCGGAUGUAAAAAGGGCCAUUCCUAUGCUACUUCAAGUCACGCAUCGCCGCAACUGGCCAAUCUGAACACCCUCGAGCCCACAGUCUCACGACAUUCCGCCCAAUCGAAUGGGGAAAAGAGCCUGAACGGCCCAAAGGCCGUGGAGCUCGACGUCGGCCCAGGAGCACGGAUAGCCUUCGCCCACUUCGGCUAUGUCUACGCGCUGCAUCUUAUCCCUCGAAACGAAGGACAAUCCUGGCUGGUUUCAGGGUCCGGAGACAGUGAUAUCAAAAUAUGGCUCUGUAAAGCUGAAGGCGGUCUAAAGCUUAUCCAAACGUUCCAAGAGCUAUCUGGAGCCGUUCAUUCCCUAGCCUUUCGAGAUUCAUUGCUCUUUGCGGGCAUGCAAGAUGGUCAAGUUGGCGUGUGGGACCUCGAAACAUUUGCCUGUAUUCGAAACAUUGAUCUUCACGCUGCCGAUGUCUUGGCGCUUUCGGUCCUUGGCGAGGAUCUGUAUGCUGGAGCUGCCGAUGGUCAAGUUGCACGGAUCGAUGGGAAGUUCGAGAACACUUCCUCCUGGGCAGCUCACGAGGGGAUCGUUCUGAGCUCGGUCAUCGUUCAAGCGACACAUGGCUGGGAGUACAUCACCGCUGGGAACGACUCAUUCGUCAAGAUUUGGUCCAUAUCGCGACCCUCAACACUGCCCUUAUCCGGAGAGAUUGAAGUGGAAGGAGAGGGCGAUACCAUGCUUCUAGCAUUGAGCAAGUUGAUAGCAGUGCCGACCGUCAGCGACGAGGCUCAUCGCGAGAGCUGUCGACAGGGAGCGCAUCUGUUGAAAAGGCUCUUGCAGCAGCUCGGCGCUCAGUCAGAGGUGAUUUCCGGUGAGAACGGGCGAAAUCCACUGGUCCUGGCUACCUUCGUCGGACGAGAAACCGGGCGUCCGCGGAAGAGGGUCUUGUUUUAUGGGCAUUACGAUGUCCAGCCAGCCGCGGAGGCCGGAUGGGAGUCUGAUCCUUGGACUCUGGCGGGUCGAAACGGAUACCUAUACGGCCGGGGUGUGAGCGACAAUAAAGGUCCGAUCCUUGCCGUGGCUUGUGCUGCUUCAUCCCUGCGGCAGAAGCGGGAGUUGGAUGUGGACCUCGUCAUGCUCAUCGAGGGUGAAGAAGAAGCGGGAAGUAGAGGUUUCGCUCCGACCGUCCGGAAGCACAAGGACGCCAUUGGGCAUAUCGAUGUAGUGCUCUUGUCCAACUCUACAUGGGUUGGCGAGGAUGACCCGUGUGUCGUUUUUGGGAUGCGAGGAGUCGUCUAUGCGCAUUUGGAAAUAUCAAGCAAGGGAGCCGAUGCCCAUUCAGGUGUCGAUGGCGGAAGCGUUGCUGAGCCCAUGUUUGACAUGAUCCGAGUCUUGGGCGGGAUAGCCGACAGUCAAGGUGUUAGAAUCCCAGACUUUUACGACCAGGUCCGAUCUCCUACGCCUGAAGAGAUGCAGCAUCUCACCGAUGUCUCCAUAGCGACAGGGCGAUCUGUUGAAGAUUUAUCCAGAGUAUGGCGAGACCCGUCCUUCUCCAUUGCCAAUAUAAGCAGUACCGGAUCAAGUAAUAAGACUGUCAUUCCUCGACGCGUCACUGCGGAUAUCUCAAUGCGUAUAGUUCCUGAUCAGGACCUGGAGACCAUUACAGCGAAUCUCAAAGCCCACUGUAAGAACCUGUAUGAUGACCUCCAUUCUUCAAACACGUUCGAGAUCAAGGUGACCCAUUCGGCAUCUUGGUGGCUCACCUCUCUCGACUCGCCAUAUUUCAAAUCACUCGAAUGCGCCAUCGAAGAUGUAUGGGGAGCCAAACCUCUCAAGAUCAGAGAGGGAGGUACGGUCCCGACCAUCUUUUGGCUCGAAAGGGAAUUUGGCGCACCUUGUGUUCAUCUCCCACUGGGUCAGGCAUCCGAUGCUGGUCAUUUGGCCAAUGAGCGAAUGAGGUUGCUCAACUUGAGGAACGGGAAGCGAGUCGUCGAAUCUUACCUUGCUCGACUUGCAUUAUUGGAAUAGCGCAAACAAAGCCACAUCAUACAACAACAUCAUGCAUAGUCUAUAUGGAG